UAUGUUUAAAAUUAAAAAUAAAAAAUUUAAAUUCUUACAAAAAGAUGCUAAUAAUAAAAUUAAAGAAAAAAUUAAAAAAGAUGAAGAAAAUCCCCCACCAACAAUAGCCAGAAUCAACAGAGGACUUGGCCACAAUUUUUAUCAAGGAGAUAUAAUUCUCAACCUUAAACAAGCAGAAUUUUUAUUUUCAAAAUUUAAUGAUAUUCCAACGAUUAGCAGGAAUAAGCGACAAGCAAUUAAUUCUGUGACUUUUCCAACUUCUCUAUGGUUAAAUAGGACAGUUCCCUACACCUUUGGAAAUUCUAUUUCUGAGGAAAGGCGCACAAGGAUUCGACAAGCACUCAGUUUUUGGGCUGAUCAGACCUGUCUAAGUUUUCGUGAGGAAGAGCUUUUUCAAAGCAAUCAAUCAGAGACUAGAUUACAAUUUGGAAAAGGCAAUGGAUGUUCUAGCUAUGUUGGAAAACAAGAGGGGGAUCAAUAUGUCUCUAUUGGUGAAGAUUGUGAUCAAUUUGGCAUUAUUACUCACGAAGUUGCACAUGCUCUUGGAUUUUUUCAUGAGCAAUCACGUUGGGAUAGAGACCAGUUUGUUAGUGUUAGUCUUGAUAAUAUAAGACAUGGAUACGAGGAUCAGUUUGAUAAGGUGAAGGAAACUUUAUUAUUUUAUUCUAAGCAUUUCUACGUGUUGAUAGUCCACUUUGUAUAUUUGGAAGAAUUUAAUAAAGGCCGUUAA